AUGGCAUACAAGCCGAAAGUAUCACAAGAGAUGGUACUUAUAGCAAAGGAAUUUGCGGAGGCCGUUGAUUACUUUACGAAGUCCCCGACACCGUGUGACGUCUCCAUGUUUUCUGAUGGGUCAAUUUCCAUCCGCAAUUAUGAUGUAUUGUUUGUGAUAGACGCCCGAAUAAGUGCGAAGAAGUAUCACUACCAAAUGGUGCAACACAUCUUGAACAUCAUAACCGAACCAUCACUUCCGGAUAACAAACGGAUUAAUGUGUUUAUAAUCCGUGAUGGGAUCGAACAAUUUUCGUUUGACAAUGUACGGCUGUUCAUAGGUUAUAUUCAAAUGUUACAGUAUAGUCCAGUCACCACUUCAAUCACACUAACACGUAUACUUCCCCAAAUUUUAUUGGCCAUUCAAGCUAAGAACUUGGGAGUCCCACUCUUUGUUCACAUCUUAAAUUUCCAACCCGAUUUCAUUCAACUGAAAGACGCGUUGACUAUAAAUCCACAAUUGGAGAUAUUGGUCAAAUUAAAGACAACAAUUCUGUACGGUCUCACAAGCCAACAAAUCACUAAGGAAUUCAACGACGUCUAUUUGGGCUGUUUGAGUAAGCUCGAGUACAUUGAAGAGGUCAACGUCGGCGGUGAAAUCACACGACAAAUCUAUAAACCGAUCUACCCUCUUUCAUUUACAACGGAAGUCAUGACGGAGGAGAGCUUUGCUCUGAUCCCAAUGCGGAUGAGAGAAAUGUAUCCAAUUAACUUUGAAGACACGGAAGAGAUGAAAGGAUUUUCUGUUACGAUUGAUCCAACAUACUUUUUGAACGACGCGUGUUACGAAUAUUGGGCGAGACCAACUAAGUUCUUGGUCGAACCUGUUACGAUCAAAAAGAGAGUGUUUCCGUUUGCGAGAGGAGCGGAGCGAAACGCGUAUUUGGGGAAGGAAGUGAGUGGAGCGGAGGAGAAGAUUGUUGUAUUGAAAGACUUUAUUAAACAACGAGGAAAAGAUGUCUAUCAGUUUUUAGACAUUCUUGAAUUGAACUCGGCAGUGGAACAACUUGCGUUUGAAUUCAAUCAGGUGUGCGACACGUUCAAAAGAAUCAAUUUUGUGCCUGUUUCUAUAUUUGUUGUGUGUGACACUACUCUGUGGAAUGUGAAGACACUUACGUAUGACCAAUUAAAAAGAAUAGCACUGGAUAAUAAAAUGUACUUCAUCGAACCAAUGCUUAAAGGAACGUUUGUGAAGUUCAACGAUAACAAUAGUAUGGUCAAUACAGAAUUGUAUAGCGCAACUAUUCAAGCAUUCUCACAUUGGUCCUAUUUCAGAACAGCAAAACGACUGAUUGUGUGCGACUUACAAGGGAUCAUUAGACCAGAUAAGAACGACUACCUCCUCACAGACCCCGCUAUACAUCACGAGUCGGUUACGAAGUACUACUUCUCGUUAACUAAUUUGUCACAAAGGGGAAUGAGUCAAUUCUUCUCAACUCACCAAUGCAAUGCCGUGUGUCAUUCCCUCGGUAUUGUCGAUGGACCAAUUGAUGAGCCUGAAAAUUCAUUCCUCAAGACUAAAAUUGUGAUGUAA